AUGGCAAUCCCGCCACAUGUACCCGGUCCUGAUAAUCUCCGCCCAUUCACCCGCGAGUCCCUCGCUGCCAUAGAACAGCGGAUUGCUGAGGCGGAAGCACUCAAGAUCAAACGGCAGCAUGUGGAAGUGCAUGAGGAAGAAGAGCUGAAGGCCAGCAGCGAUUUGGAAGCUGGGAAACCCCUCCCGCGCAUUUACGGGGACCUGCCUCCAGCACUCAUCGGGGUGCCCUUGGAAGACCUAGACCCCUUCUACAAUGAUAAAAAGACAUUCAUCGUCCUAAACAAAGGAAAAGCAAUCUUCCGGUUCAGCACAACCCCGGCCCUAUACAUGCUGGGACCCUUCAAUCCCCUCAGGAGAGGUGCCAUCAAAGUGCUUAUACAUUCAUUAUUCAGCAUGUUUAUCAUGAUCACCAUUUUGACCAACUGUGUGUUCAUGGCAAUGAGCGACCCGCCACCAUGGGCCAAGAACGUGGAAUACACCUUCACUGGGAUAUACACCUUCGAGUCCAUGAUAAAGAUAGUAGCCAGAGGAUUUUGCAUUGACCAAUUUACAUUCCUACGCGACCCAUGGAACUGGCUGGAUUUCAGUGUUAUCGUUAUGGCUUACACCACAGAGUUUGUGGAUUUGGGAAAUGUCUCAGCUCUACGAACGUUCCGUGUCCUCCGCGCACUGAAAACAAUCACCGUGAUUCCAG